GGGUCCCCCUAAUACUGCCUGCCCUGAUGGUUACUAUUGGCAGGGAUCCCGUCAUUAUAGUUCUCCCGCAACAUUCUUGGGGGGGGGGGGGGGUGCGUCAACCAUCCCCCUGCUUCCUACACCCAUGGGAGGGAGGGAGAGGAUCACUGCUGGUCGCACUCCUCCAUUAUGAGGAGGACGGGUGACUUCAGUGGAGGGCUGCGUGCCGUGCUCCUCCAUCUUGAGGUUGGAGGGUCAGGGCUGCGCUGGCCGGGGCAUAGAAAAGCUAGCUGGUAGUAUUUGUUGCAGCGGCAGAGUGGCCGCUCGAGAGGCCGCUCUAGGUGGGUGCCUAUCUAGCCUAUAGGUAGAGCCGGCCCUGAUAACACUAAGAGCCCUGUAAUCAUACAUUUUAGAUUAUGUUAAAGUGGAGGCAGCCCCUAUGAUGACAUUAGUGACUGACAGAGCAGAUUCUCCUAAAAAUGUGACUGUGACCGUCAUUGGGAAAGAAGAAGUGAUGGAAGGAAGUGAUGUGACUUUACGGUGUAACAGCAUCUCCAAGCCAAAGCCAUCUACAUAUGAAUGGAACAGAGGGAAAAAGAAAACCAGAUUACGGAAUACAGGACCGGAGAUCAUAGUCAGGAAAGUGACCGGGAACAUGGAGCCCUAUUCCUGUGCUGCUAUAAAUCUUAUGGGGAGAGGAGAAUCAGCCCUGAUGGAGAUACCUGUACUAUAUUCUCCUAAAAAUGUGAUUGUCACCAUCAUUGGGAAAGAAGAAGUGAUGGAAGGAAGUGAUGUGACUUUACGGUGUAACAGCGUCUCCAAUCCUGAUGUAUCUAAGUAUGAAUGGUAUAAAGGGAAGAACAGAACAAAAUCAACAUACACAGGAGGAAAGGAGAUUACGGUGAAGAAUGUCACCUGGAACAUGGAGCCCUAUUCCUGUGCUGCUAUAAAUACAGUGGGGAGAGGAGAAUCAGCCCUGAUGGAGAUACCUGUACUAUAUGCAGCAAUUGGAGUUCAUGUCACAGUAAAGGAUGAACAUGAAUUUAUGGAAUUAACAUGUGGUUUCCGAAGCAGCCGACCGGAUGUAUCUCACUACACCUGGAUGAAGGAUGGAUCUAUAUUACACAACGAGACGGGGAAGACUCUGACCCUACACAAUGGCGAUACCUACGGGCGGUAUUCAUGUAUCGCCCACAACAGGGCUGGAGAUUCCUCCUCGGAAGAGAUCUUCAUGAAAUACAAUGAAGGGAAUUUACCUCUAAUUUUAGGAACGGUUGCUGGAGGUGUUUUUCUAGUUCUUUUUACUUUGCUCAUCUUUUUUUGCCUAAGAAAAAUCUGCAAACCACAUUGUUCGGGGUCUCCAAAACCAAAAACAGCUGCCAGAAAUCUCUCCAAUAACACAAUGGAGGAAGAUGAAACCAUAAUAGAAGAAAAUCAGUAUGGAAAUAUUCAGAGUGAUCACAACACCCAACCGGAUUCAGCGGAAUUCAUGUCUUCAGUGAAUGUGAAUGUUAAAGAGAACAGCGCCAUCUAUAGUAAUAGUGAAGACCUGCAGCCAGAAAAUGAAGUUGAAUAUUGUGCAAUCUCUCAUGUUCCAAGGAACCAGAUAACUCCUGCAAUAGCCAGUCAUGAACACAAUGUGGACUAUGCAACCAUAAGAAGAUAUUAACAACCUUUUAUCUCCUGUUAUAUAAGGAUUUGGUGACUGAAUUAUCUAUAAUAUAAUCCAUUGGUUCUACUACAAUGUUUGUCCCGAAGAAGGAAUCCAACAUUUCUAAAUGCUGAGGGAUUUUCUGUAAAUCUCUUGGUGAAUCACAUCUGCAGCCUCCAUUUAUGAUUCAUUUAAAGGGGUACCCCCCUGGAAUUUUUUAAAUUUUUUUUAUAAAUCAACUGGUGCCAGAAAGUUAAACAGAUUUGUAAAUUAGACCUCCUAUAGACUUGCAUUGAGGGGGCGGGGUGUGACAUCAUGAGGGGGCAGGGCUAAUGUAUUAUGUGUUCAUAUUUGUAAUU